GAGGAAUAGUCGGUAGCCUGAAUUCACUUCACUUUCUUGCUCUAGAAGUUGUGUCUAGAAGCUCAAAUGAUCGGAUAUAUGAAAGAGGUCCAAGACAGAAAUCAAACAGAAGUGACAGAAUUUAUCCUCUUAGGACUCUCGGACAAUUCAGAUCUCCAAGUGGUCCUCUUUGGAUUGUUUCUGUUAAUCUACAUGGCAACCAUGGUGGGUAAUUUGGGGAUGAUUGCGUUAAUUAGGAUUGAUGCCUGUCUCCACACUCCCAUGUACUUCUUUCUCAGCAGCCUCUCUUUUGUUGAUGCCUCUUACUCUUCUUCCGUCACUCCUAAGAUGCUGGUGAACCUUGUGGCUGAGAAUAAGGCCAUUUCUUUUAAUGGAUGUGCUGCCCAGUUCUACUUCUUUGGCUCUUUCCUGGGAACUGAAUGCUUCCUGUUGGCCACGAUGGCGUAUGACCGCUAUGCAGCCAUUUGGAACCCUCUGCUAUACCCAGUUCUCAUGUCUGGGAGAAUUUGCUCCUUGCUAGUAGCUACCUCAUUCCUAGCAGGCUUUGGAAAUGCAGCCAUACACACAGGAAUGACUUUCAGAUUAUCAUUUUGUGGCUCUAAUAGGAUCAACCAUUUUUACUGUGACACCCCACCUCUGCUCAAACUCUCUUGCUCUGACACCCACAUCAAUGGCAUCGUGAUCAUGGCUUUCUCCAGUUUUAACGUCAUCAGCUGUGUUGUGAUUGUCCUCAUUUCCUAUCUGUGUAUCCUCAUUGCCAUCUUGAGGCUGCCUUCAUUAGAGGGCAGAUACAAAGCCUUCUCCACGUGUGCCUCCCACCUCAUGGCUGUCACUAUAUUCUUUGGAACAAUUCUAUUCAUGUAUUUGCGCCCUAUGUCUAGCUACUCAAUGGAGCAGGACAAGAUUGUCUCUGUCUUUUAUACAGUAGUGAUCCCUUUGCUAAAUCCUCUCAUCUACAGUUUGAAAAAUAAGGAUGUGAAAGGGGCCCUAAAGAAGACCUUACAGAAACACGUACUGUAA